UGGAGUGUGUGCUCCAGCUCAGUGCUGGAUCCUCAGCGCCCUGGAAGAGGGGCUCAGUGCAGACAAGCCAAAAAAAACUGCUGGACCACCGGCAACCCCCACAAUGGAACCUAUGCUGGCGAUUAUGUCCUAAGCAGAUACCCCCAUCCAAACUGGGGAUGUAGGGCCUGGAAACUAGAAAAUGCCAGGUCUGAGAGAGAGGAAAGAACAAGCCCAGCAAUACACAGAGCUCUGUGUAUUCAGAGGGAAGUUGGCAGGGUUGUGUUCGGGCAGAGAAACUCCGAGUGGUACAAAGGGACGUGCCCAGAGUGGAGAAAUCAUGCUAAUUGUCUGCACCAGAGCUGAAGAACGCCACCCAAAUGAAGAGAGAAAGGGGAGCCCUGUCCAGCGCCUCCAGGGCCCUGCGCCUCGCUCCUUUUGUCUACCUACUUCUGAUUCAGCCAGACCCCCUGGAGGGGGUGAACAUCACCAGCCCAGUGCGUCUGAUCCAUGGCACAGUGGGGAAGUCAGCCCUGCUUUCUGUGCAGUACAGCAGCACCAGCAGUGACAAGCCUGUAGUGAAGUGGCAGCUGAAGAGGGACAAGCCCGUGACCGUGGUGCAGUCCAUCGGCACAGAGGUCAUUGGUACCCUACGACCUGACUAUCGAGACCGGAUCCGGCUCUUCGAAAAUGGUUCCCUGCUUCUCAGCGACCUGCAGCUGGCAGACGAGGGCACCUAUGAAGUGGAGAUCUCCAUCACCGAUGACACUUUCACUGGGGAGAAGACCAUCAACCUCACUGUCGACGUGCCCAUUUCAAGGCCACAGGUGUUAGUGGCUUCAACCACUGUGCUGGAGCUGAGUGAGGCCUUCACCCUGAACUGCUCUCAUGAGAAUGGCACCAAGCCCAGCUACACCUGGCUGAAGGACGGCAAGCCCCUCCUCAAUGACUCGCGAAUGCUCCUGUCUCCCGACCAAAAGGUGCUCACUAUCACCCGAGUGCUCAUGGAGGACGAUGACCUGUACAGCUGUGUGGUGGAGAACCCCAUCAGCCAGGUCCGCAGUCUGCCUGUCAAGAUCACCGUGUACAGAAGAAGCUCCCUGUAUAUCAUCUUGUCUACAGGAGGCAUCUUCCUCCUUGUGACGUUGGUGACAGUCUGUGCCUGCUGGAAACCCUCCAAAAAGUCUAGGAAGAAGAGGAAGCUAGAGAAGCAAAACUCUCUGGAAUACAUGGAUCAAAAUGAUGACCGCCUGAAACCAGAAGCAGACACCCUCCCCCGAAGUGGAGAACAGGAACGGAAGAACCCCAUGGCCCUGUAUAUUCUGAAGGACAAGGACUCCCAGGAGACCGAGGAGAAUCCCUCUCCAGAGUCUCGGAGUGCGACAGAGCCCGGCCCGCCCGGUUACUCCGUGUCGCCGCCUGUGCCUGGCCGCUCGCCCGGGAUGCCCAUCCGCUCAGCCCGCCGCUACCCGCGCUCUCCAGCGCGCUCCCCGGCAGCUGGCCGAACGCACACGUCACCACCUCGGGCUCCGAGCUCGCCGGGCCGCUCGCGCAGCGCCUCGCGCACACUGCGGACUGCGGGAGUGCACAUAAUCCGCGAGCAAGACGAGGCCGGCCAGGUGGAGAUCAGCGCCUGAGCCCGCCAGGGACCUCUGCAACGCGCCCAGCCCCUGCAGCUCACUGCCAGGGGUGAGAGACCGGGAAAUCCCGGCGCCCCAGGCCAGGGUAGAAGGGAAGGCCGGGCGGGGAGGCGUGUGUGAGCAUGCGCAGACGGGGGUUCGCCGCGGAGCGGUGAGGGUGAUCGGAUGGUGAAACUGGGUUGCGUUUGCUCUGGAUUUACAGGCUGUGUUCUCAGUGGGUGUGGGUUGUUCCCUCUUAGGACCAUAUAGAUAAUUACAUUUAUGGCCCAGUCCCUGAAAGGGUCUUAUGAAAACUAACAUCAGUAACCUAACCCGCAUGACUAUCCUGUGCUAUUUCUAGGGAGAUCGUUUGAUUUCCACCCACCUCCCUUUCCUCCAAAAGAGCACCUCAUGGUGUUUUGUUUUGUUUUGUUUUGUUUUUUCUUUUUUGACAAGCCCAGAUUGGAUAGGCAAUUUGCCCCAAACGCACGACAGUCCUUAAUUAAGAAGUCCAAUUGCGGGGUGGGUGGGGAGGAGAAGUUCGAUGACUCUGAGCACGGAGGAACAUUGUGAAGGCAACGUUUUAGGACCUGAACUCUAGCAAGGGCAAGGCACUCAAGCCUCCGUACUUGUCCUCUUUUCAAAGCCUCCCUCGGUAGCAUGCCAUGACAAACAUUCUUUCUGUUCUUGUUCAUGAAAAGAGGAGACGGGUGGGUUCAUUCCUACAGAAAAGUGCAUGCCCACUCCUCUGACCCAUUAACUAUAUCAGGUGGGGAACUGUUUUUAACACCUCACACUCGGCCUUCUGCCUGACUUCCUUACAAAACAAGCCUUUCAAACAAUCAUCAUCCAGGAAGGUUCUUGAACUCCCUCCAGCUAUUAGAGAAUAAUGGGGCGGGGAGACACUGUGGUGGGGUGGAGGGGAGAAGCUGGUUGCUUCCCAGCAUGUCAGGGUAACAGCGAUCCAACUCUUGGCUUCCUGCGCCCACUUACCUGGCUCCAAGAUGCACAGAUCGCAGUCACUGAACAAGGCAAACUCCUUAAUCAUACUAACAUCUGAAUAUGGAGAAGCUGAGCCACUGUGUAGACAGACCAUGCCCAGGCCACUGCUUCUUAGGAUGGUUUGGAAGAGAGGCAAUAAUCUACCAUGUGAGGAGAGAAGACAGUGAAAAAUUUGAAAGAGAAGGAGGCAUUUUCCUGGAUAUCGGUCCUCUCCUCCCUAAUGCCCCCAGGGGUCCUAGUACGCCCUGUCGCUUCCAACUCCUAAAUUCCAGCUCUGAAUUUCCACCAUCCCAAUCCCAAGGCCCUUAUACCCAGGUCAUCCACACAGGGGCACACUUUGCCCUAGCCCCAAGGGCAAUAAGAUUUCUUGUUUCCCCCCUCUCUGCUCUCGGUCCACAGUGUGUCUCUCAGCUUCCUGUCCCUGUGUACUUCCCCAGGCUCAUGGGAGCAGGUGUGUCUUUGCAACUCCCCUUAGCCAGAACCCAUCCCUUAACCUUCCCCAGUGCUUCAUCAUGAGAUAAUGCAUGGAGAGGAAGAUUGCUUAGGCAGGUGGGAAAUGCAAGACUUGAAGAAGGGGAUACCUGCUGGUCAGCCCUGAGACAUAGGGAUGGAGAUUAGGAUGAGAUGAGUGCACACCACACCCUGGUGCUGAAUCCCUGAGGGGCGGCUUGCCAGGCUCAAGCCAAAUCUGCCUUAAAUUGGGAGGGGAAUAAGUAAGGAAGUAUUUUUUUUGUUUUUGUUUUUGUGUUCUGUUUUGAUCUUCAUCUUUGUAUUACUGGCAUCUAGCAGAGUGCCUAGCACAUACUGGAUGCUCAAUAAACUUUUGAUGAAAUGACUUUAUUCUGCUUAAUCAAGGAGAAUAAAACUUAAACAUAAUUU